AUGUCGACAACUACGCGUAUUACAAUUGAUGAUGAGGGCGAUACCCUGGUCAUCCUGAAACUCAGAAGCGAUGACGCGAACCCUGAUGUGACGGAGAAUAUUGCGACAGACGACGAGUCUACCACCGAGACCACAGCGACGUCCAACGUGACUACUAACGAUGCCGUUCAGAGUGAGGAUAGGCCACACACUGAGAAACACUUUCUGUGUUCCAAGAAACACCUUUCAUUUGCAUCCCGAAGAGCCAGCAAGAUGUUCUCGAGUAACUUCAAGGAAGCUUCAAAAGAGGAAGAUGGACUUCAUCACUGGACCUUCGAGGCUCUUUUUCAACCCACAGCAUUCGAAAUAGUCCUGAACUUCAUCCACGGAAAGACUCGUGAUGUCCCACAAGAGGUGUCUGUGGACCUACUCGCUGAUAUUGCAUCUAUCGUCGACGACCUCGAAUGUCACGACGCUCUCUCAUUUCCCGGAAGAAACUGGCUACUAAAAUAUUCCGCCUUCCGUCUUUUAUUGAUAACGAACAAAUCGAUUUACCAAAUUAUCCAUGCAUCAUUUGUAUUCGAGAAUUCAGAAGCUUUCAAACGUGCUACCAGGCUUGCUAUCAAGUCCGGUACUGACAUUGUACCGAAUUUCGAGUUACCAAUUCGCCAAAGUGUUAUAGACUCCAUUCAGACUAAGAGAGUAUCCAUAUUUCAAGAACUUAUGGAUGAGUUGGCUGAUUUGCAGUCGAAACUGCUUGCUCAGGAAGCGGGUCCCUGUACUUAUGGCUGUAGAUCCAUGAUGUUGGGUACUUUGAUCCAAGGCAUGAACGCAGCACGCAUCUGGCCACCGCCCUUGCCGCCAUUCCCGUCUUUGUCAAUUUCUGCUGUGAUUAUUUCACUAUUCGGGAUUCACCUGCAUACGUAUUUUGGACCAGAGAGUGGCGCUGAUGCCUCCAAGUUUUCAGGCAAAUGGCACCGUGCGACUUCGUCUCUGCCUACUCAAAGUCAGGAAGAACCUCCCACUUUAGUUCGGCAUCACUGCUGUCUGACGGAGUAUCUAAAUCCUAUUUUAGAUGCCGUUGAGGCUGAAAUUGAAGGGUUGAAGCUGGAGGAGUUCACUCGACCUUGA